AUGAAGGGUAUACAUUCAUAUUGUUCUCUUUUGUGCUUUUCUUUUUUGUUCUUAACAUAUGGAUCAAACUUAGGGACGACUCACGUUGCCCAUGUUGCUAUUACACGGAUAAGAGAUGAGGAGGGGAAAAAUAAAAAUGAAAAGGAAGAAAUUACAAAAGGACAAUAUUCAUAUAUAGAGGAAGGAACGAAGAGGGACGAACAAGUGGGACAUAGUGCCAAGGAAACUGAUAAACAUAAUGAUGAACAGAGUGAUGAACUAAGCGAUGAUAAGACGGAUAUUCAAAGAACCGAAAAAGAAAACGUGGACAGUAGUGAGCACAGCGGCGAUGACGGGAUGGAUGAAUAUUUCAAUGUCGACGUGGAGGAACUAAGUCUGUUUCCGGACCCGAACGAGUUGUACGACUUUUUAAUGGAGGAGAAAAAGGAGGAAAAUGGUAAAAGUAGUAGAAGUACAAGUACCGACAGUCGCGAUAGCAGUGGUAAUGGUAGUAGCAGCGGCAGUAGUAGAAGUUUACCGAGAAACAAAACGCUUGAAAACUUAAAGGGUGCUAUAAAAAGUGGAAACCUGACGAGGGAGCAUUUCCUGCAAUUGUACAAGUCGGCGCUAAGCCAUUUCGACGUAGAUGGCUAUACCUUUUUAAUGCAAAAGAUAAUGCAUAAGGAGUAUAACGAAAGAUUUGCUCAAAAAGUUAAGAGGUUGAAUGAAUCUAAUCCUCAUUGUGAUAAGGUGGAAAAACAUGAUGAAAGGAAAGCAAAACAAAAAAGAAAAAGAAGAGCACCAAACGAAAUGGGUGGAAAUAAUAUAGAUUACCCUGGAGGACCUGUGAGAUCAACUUAUGGAAAUAAUUUAAGCAAAUGGAUGAAAGAUUCUUUAGAAAACAUUGAAAGUCCUGAGUCUAUAAAAGAACCAGGUUUAGCUAAUAUGUUAAUACAAAGUUUGACUAUGGUUAAGGGUCUUAUUCAAUCAGUAGCAAGCUCAGUUGUAGAUAUUGUACCUCCAUUAAUACCUCCACCUAUAUGGAUAAAUAGACCACUUCCAUGUUUACCAAUGGUAACAGGAAAAAAUUGUUUAGGUUCUAUACUAUACCCAAUAACAGCUGCAGAAUUUGUUACAGCAGAUAUAACAGAUAGUAUUAUGAAUGGUGUUAUAUCAAGCUUUCCAGCAAAAUAUGCAUCUAAAGUGGGUAAAACAUCUGAUACACUAUACCGUAUAUGUGCUAUGGCAUAUUUAGGUAUGUACUGUGCAUCUAUAUUUCCUAUAUGUUGGUUACCAGUAGGAUUACGAGUUUCUGAGACUAUGUCUCUUUGUUUCCCUCAAUGUUUAGCUACUCUUAUAGCAUGUCCAGGAUUCUGGAUUGACGAUAUUGAAGGACCAUGUAGUAAUACAUCUGUACCUCCAUUUUGUUCUUUUUCAAUUUUUGUUAAUCAGAAAAUUGUUCCUCCACAAUUAACUUCUUAUGAUGAUUCUCAUAAUUAUCCUUCUACAUGUCCAUCCAAAGAUGAUGAAUAUGAUAUACCAGAUGAGUUAUAUGAACAUGAAAAGGAAACUAAUGAUAUGUUCUUAAAAGAAAAAAAGGCCUAUUCAAAAUUAUCCAUAUUACCUAUCAUAUAUCCAAACCUAGUCCCAAAUUUGUAUAACAACAAAACGAAGAUACAUGAAAUGGAAACAUGCAAAUGCAUGGACAUAAUUCAUUUAUGUAAGAAGCACUUUGCUAUACCUGUUAUAAGAAAUGGCAAUUCUGUUUUUAAUUCCACACAUGAGGAGCCUGUUAAAUUGUCUUCUAUGCAAAACAAGUGUUGCAAAAAAUGCAAGCCCAUUUGGAAAAUUCUGUUUCCCACUGAGAAAAAAGUCGACUUAAGGGGCUCUCCUGUGUAUCCUCGACGUGCCAAGUUACUAUCCGGUAUUGUGCAGCGCUGA